UAGAUAUGGUAAUUGGUAAACCCCUACACUCAAAAACCCUCUUUUCCAUUCAAUACACUCUUCCAAUUCCAAUCCAAACCAACAGCAAUGUCUCUGUUCUUACAUUGCCAUGCCCCUCACCACAGCAUGGCCACUCUCUCACCCUUCUCAACCUUCAAUUCCAAACCUCUCUGUGCUUCUCUACCUAACCCCUCUUUCUUAACUCAUCAACAACAGCAACAACACCCUUAUCCUCUCACCACAACGACCACCUCUGACCAUAAGCCCCUCUCAGUUUCCACACUGCCCAGAAAGUUGCUCUGUAAACCACCCAAAGGAAAGUACGUCAGAGAGGACUAUCUUGUGAAAAAGUUGUCAGCUCAGGAAAUCCAGGAGCUGGUAAAGGGAGAAAGAAAAGUGCCUCUUAUUAUUGAUUUCUAUGCAACUUGGUGUGGACCAUGCAUUUUAAUGGCACAAGAACUUGAAACACUUGCAGUUGAGUACCAAAACAAGGCGCUGAUUGUUAAAGUUGAUACAGAUGACGAGUAUGAAUUUGCACGCGACAUGCAGGUUCGCGGUUUGCCUACUGUGUUCUUUAUUAGCCCUGAUCUGAACAAAGAAGCUAUUCGAACCGAAGGACUUCUCCCAAUACAGAUGAUGAGGGAUAUCAUUGACAAGGAUAUGUGAAACAACAAAGGGUUCUGAUCACCUGACAUAGUUUGUGUUCCUGGAUCCUGCUAUAUACUGCCUGGUGUAAUGCUAUCCUAUCUGGGGGGAGAAUUGAAGUGCUAACCGAUUCAUAUGAUUUUGGCUAUUGAAGGUUGUAAAUCGUAUGAUAUUUAUGUAAGCUUUUAGCUCGACAUACUCUGUAGUGUAUCACAUGUGAUGUCAAAUGGAAGGACAUUUUAACACAAUCAUGUAUUUGCACCCCACAUCCUUCAAAAUAUAAAAUGUUAUUGGAAGGGACAAUCUGUGUGUUAGGUAGUGACUGAGUUGAGCUUGCAUGCUUAAAAUUUAUUAUCCUGUCACCUUGCCGGUAUGCUUUUGGGGUGCAAUUGAAUGUGACAAGUAUGGUUCUAAUAUUCUAGGAAAGGAAAAUAAAAGAAGGGGUUGUCUAGAA